AUGAAAUUCGUGGUAUUAGCUUUUGUGGCCAGUUUGUGCCUAGUGGCUGCUAGCGCCAAGGCCACAGACAAUUUUAUGUUCGACUCUGAAGACCUUCAGCAAUAUGAAUAUAUUAACCAGGAGUUAGCUGGAGAAAUUAUGGAAAUUGAACCACAAACCAUCUUCUCGGGCUUUUACUUUGUGGUAAAGAAAGUUUUGAAAACCUUUCAGGGUAUUGCAUGUGUGGUCAAUGAAGUUUACAGAGUCCAAGUUGCUGCCCAUAAUUUCCUUGCCGAUAUUACUGCUUGUGGUGGUGAACUCUCGCAAAAAGUACAAACUUUAGUGGAUGCCGUUAAGGAUAUUAUUGAAACAUGCAGAGCAAUUGCCGGUAUUAACGAGGGUGUCUGUGCUAACGAUCAUGCAGACAUAUUUGCCAGAGGUGUUGUGUCCAGUGUGAAAGUUGGUCACAAGUGUGCUGUCAACAUGUUGAGCAAACUUUUGCGUUUGAACAGACAAAUUAAACGUGCCAUCAAGUUGAUGAUUCAAAUCAAGAAAGUUCCCGGUGAUACCAGCGAAUGCGUUUUGAAUGCCGUUGAUACUUUGCAAAAACAUUUCACUGAAUUCCCUGCCAAUGUUAAGGCUUGCACUAGCUCGCCUCCAGCUGAGAAUCCCUGCAUAUUUUAAAUAAUGUAUAAUUUUUUAUUGCUUUUAAUAUAAAAUAAAUGGAACGG